UAUUAACUGCAAGCUGUAGGUAGAGCCUAUGGCUCACACACACCUAGAGCUAAUGUUAUUAGGGUGAGUUAGCAUAGAUAGUCUAGUAGUUAAACAACGAGGCUAUCAUUGCACAGCUGUCUCUUGCAGAAAUGUCGACCACUUCUCAGAAGCACAGGGACUUCGUUGCUGAACCCAUGGGCGAUAAACCGGUGACUGCACUGUCGGGAAUUGGCGAAGUCUUGGGAAAGAAACUGGAGGAGCAAGGUUUUGACAAAGCCUUUGCGGUUCUGGGUCAGUACCUGCUGCUGCGGAAGGAUGGGGAGCUGUUCACUGAGUGGCUGAAGGACACCAGCGGCGCCAACAGCAGGAAUGCCGCAUCCUGCUCCCAGUGCCUGAGAGAGUGGUGUGAUUCAUUCCUAUGAGACUGGGGAUAUGAGUCUCCCUAAUUUCAUGUUUAAAGAUAUGCAAAUGUUAAUCUGUUUUAUAGUGGAAAUGUCAGUGGUGUAGGCAAUGGCUUGGUUUGUCAGAGCAGAAUAUGCUAAUAAAGGUGCUGAAUCUAAA